AUGGAAUCAAAGGGUUAUUUUAGGGAAGCCUUUUUUUACGUGGAGAUAAAGGAUGCAGAAGAGGAACAACGACAAUUAUACAUAAACUAUGUAGAAAAAUGCUUUUGUCAUUUGUUGAGUCAAAGCGAUGAAUACCUCAUCACAACAUUGAAGAGAAACGGAUCUUUGAUUUCCUUUUUUUUUUCACAUUUGUUGAAAUCAAAUAGAUGCUAUGAUUUACCCAUUAUUGAUAGUUCAGAAAAUCGGGAAUAUUCUGCAUUUGAUAAACAUAUUUUUAAGUUAUAUAUAAAAUUAGUGAGAAUUUAUAUGAACAAGAGCAAGGGAGAAACAAGUAUAAUAAAGUCUACAUUUAUCAAAAUACACAUUUUUAUGGAUAUCAUAAUGAUGUUUCACAAAUCGAAAAGGAGAAAAAAAAUUAAAGGUUUAUUAAAUGAUGCAUAUCGAAUAAAUAAAAUUAAUUUUUUAAACAUAAAUAAAUAUAUCUCUUUUCUAUAUGAAGAAAUAAAAAAAGUUAAGGUGCAAAUAGAAGGAUAUGCACAAAACAAAGGAAAUUUAAAUAAUAUACUUUUCAAAAUAAAUGAAUUUAUAGUAUCUCUUUUCUGUUUUGUAAAAUUUUUUCAUCCCUUCAAAUAUUUUGAUAUUAGUGAAAACAAGUUAACCAAAGAUUUAAUUCUGCAGAGAUUGAUGUUUUAUCGUGGAUUGGACAGUAUUAACUUUUCUGUGUCUAUAACUCCCCCGAAUAUGUUGAAACAGGAGGAGGAAAGUUCCAGUAAUGGAACUUCCUUUCUGUAUUUCAUUGUUCAGACUUAUUUUGAAAUGAUAAAAAAUCUGUAUGAAGACACAUUGAAAGAUACUAUGCGGAAAAAUAUACUUUACCUGCGACACAUGUUUGUGAAAGUGGUAAAGAUGCUGGUGAAGCACAAUUUGCAGAACGGAUGUGAAAAAAACACUCUUCUUUCAGUUUCUCUCAUUAUCGAUAUGUUAAAAGAACAAAGUGAUAAAAUGAAUUUAUUUUAUUUUUUACAAAAUGAUAUACAUUUAUGCAAUUGGAAAUUUUUGCAAAAUUUAGUUUUAAACAGUAAACUAGACAUAGGUUUUUAUAUUUACCUGAACAAUUUUUUAAAAAUAAAUAAUCAAAGGGAGGUGAAUAAUUUGAUACAGAAAAAGUAUCAACACGAAAUUGAUCACAUCAUGGAAAUUUCGAAUUUUAAAAAUUCUCAUAUAAUUCUAAAAGUGCUACAAAGGAAUAAUUUUAACUUUUCUAACGCUCUUGAGGAAAUUUUAACCAUGAAAGAACAGCAGACAGAAAAUUCCCAGACGAAUUGGAGUUACAACUGUACCGAUGAUAUCAGUUGUCUUGAUGAUGACCUGAGUGAUGCGGGUCGUAGAGAUGAUGAUCACCUUCGGUUGAGUAACAACAUGUGCGAUUCGCAUGGCAAUUCGGUUGGCGAUUCGAUUAGCGAUUCUGGUGUACAGGUAGCAGAUGAACACAUCGAGGGGGUGAACCCAUUGGUGGAUUCAAAAAACAGACAAAGGAACAUCUUAGAUGUGCUACGCGAACGUGCACGAUUAGAGAAAUCACACAGAAGGAAAACUAACAAAAGCAGAUACACGAAUGAUUUACUAGGGGAAGAAAAUAAAAACAAAAUUUACGAUAUGCUCGAUUUGUCAAGUAGUAUUGAUGAUAUUACAUCUGAAAAUUCGCUGGAAAAUUUCCAAAAUGAAGUAUUGCCCCGAGUAUCGUACAGGAAAAAUUAUGAAGAUGCAGAUGGAGGUAGUGAGGAGAGUACCCAGCAGGGUGGAAGUAGAACCCAUGGUGCAAGUAGAACCCAUGGUGCAAGUAGAACACAUGGUGGAAGUAGAACCCAUGGUGGAAGUAGAACACAUGGUGGAAGUAGAAUCCAUGGUGGAAGUAGAACUCAUGGUGGAAGUAGAACCCAUGGUGAAAGUAGAACUAGUGGCGAAAGUAGAAUGCGUGGUGGACGGGGAAGGUGCUUCCAUGCAAUGUAUUCAGAUAACAAGAAAGAUGAAGGAACCAUUAGUAAAGACGAACAUCCCUCGCAACAGUACAGGAAUAGUAGUACUAAAGAAGGAGAAAUUCAUGAGAAGGGCACCAUGCAGAAGGGAAAGGAACAUGUGGAAGGAGACAAAAGCAAACGGUAUUACAUGAAAAAAACAACAAACAAAGGGAAAUCACACAGACGCCAGUACGAUAAGAAGAUGAGCAGAGGAAUGCUAUGA